AUAUAGACAUGAAGAUAGGCACACGUCCAUCCAAAGCAAUCCACAAAAUCUUUCUUUCGAAAAGAAGAAUGCAUCUAACCUAAAAAUUCUGUAUACAAAAAUAUAGUGCUUUAGUUAACUCACAAUUAUGAUGGGCCGAAGGUAUUACUGUGAUUAUUGCGAAAAAUGCUUUAUAGAUGAUCUAGACGCUAGAAAGAAGCACUUACAAAGUGCCAACCACAUAAAACUUAGAAAUAUGCAUUAUGAAUCUUGUAGAGAUCCAGAAACAGUUUUAAAGGAAGAGCUUUUAAAAAUACCAUGUAGACGAUUUUCCCAAGGUAGCUGUCCUUUUGAGGGAGUGUGUAGGUUCACUCAUUAUUCUCCUGAAGAGUUGUGUGAACUUAGAAAGCAAGUUGAGAAUAUCCAACAAAUGAGGAGAAAACAAAAAGAAGAAGUACCACCUGUACCGCCUCUAGAAAAAUGGAUUGAACAUUAUGAAAUUAAUAAUAAAGAUGCAAGUGAUAAGGUGCAUCUAUUUUGGACUUACCCUGAAAAUUUGGAAAACAGGAACGAUCUACCCCCUUCCCUCAUAAAAUUUAGACCAGAACAUUUUUAUGACGACAAUUUUGAGGAAUGGGGCAAAUAAAAUUUUUGUAUAAGUAUAUCUAAGUAAUUUUCAAAACCCUGUGGAAUUUAUUAGGAAUAAAUGCGACAUCUUAUUAA